AGAGCCACGGAAUAUGAGUGGUCGUCCUGAGUUCACGGAUCUGGGUUACUACCAUAGACUAAAGUUACUAGACGCAUGGGUGUAACUGAAAGCUUCGCGCCGAUUGGACCCAGACUCUCCUCAAGAGAGGACCGUUCACGUGACAUUUACGGGGCUGCUAAAAUCAAGCAAUUUUAGCUGUAAUUUCGACGGCCUGAAAUGGCGUACAGUAUUAUCUCCAAGUCGUUGCGAUUUCAUGCACUCAAGUGGAAAAACUAUGUCAAGAUGAGUGCUGCCUUUAAACCUGAAAACACGAAAUAUUUCUCCAGCGAUCCUCCACAUGAGAAAAUCAGUCGUUAUCCUAUUCCUUACAAAAAAGAUUUGCCUUAUGACAUGGUGGAACUUAUGGAGGAAAUGGAGUCAAAGGGUGGCUUUUUACCCAACGUGUUUAAAGUUCUUUCCCACAGACCUGCAGAGUUUAGAGCUUUCUUUGCAUACUACAAUGAACUUAUGAACAAAGAGACAGGGAAUUUAACCAAGGCAGAUCGUGAACUGAUUGUUGUGGCAACCAGUGCUCAUAAUAAAUGUCUUUAUUGUGUAAUUUCCCAUAGUGCACUACACCGCAUUUACUCAAAGAAACCCACUGUUUGUGAUGAGGUGAUUGUUAAUUACCAGACAGCAGAGCUUUCACCAAGAGAGCGAGCAAUGCUCGAUUUUGCUCUGACAGUGUGUCGUUGUGACACAAUCACAGACAAGCACUUUCAGUCCUUAAAGGAGGUGGGCUUCAAUGAAGAAGAUGCCUGGGACAUUGCUGCAAUUGCUGCAUUCUUUGCAAUGUCCAAUCGGCUCGCCCACUUUACUGACAUGAAGCCAAAUCUGGAGUUUUAUAAUAUGGGCCGUGUCCCAAGAGAAAAGGGAAAGGGCAUGUCAGAUGUAAAUGUUACUAAGGUCUAGUGUUUUUGUUAAAGUGUUGUAAAUAAUAAAAAUGAAAUUAUUUUAGGAUUGAGAUGCAUCAACUAUUUGCUACCAUGAGAUGGAGCUCCACCCUCUUUGUUCUGGUACGAGUCUGCACUUGAAUGAGAAGUCUCCUCUGAGGGAAGUUGUCCUACGUAGUCCUUAAAGAAAUCACUUAGCACUAUGGAGCUUGUUAAAGAAUUUCUGUCACAUUAAAAAUAUAUCUAGGUCUAUAUUUGUUCUAAAUGUACCAUCCUAUCAUAUUUUACCACUAUGUGUUGCUCUAAUCAAAUAAUGUGAUUUCUUCUCUCUUUGUUUUCUUUUGUGGCACAAAGUUUUAUGGAUAUUACGCUUUUUGUCAUUUUGUCUUCAAAACACAUUUGUGCUAAACAAAUUUGUGGCUUCCACAUGAACAUCUGAGAGAAGCGUGCUAGAGAUUAUAUUUCAUACUGAUAAUCCAAAUGCACAUUCUCCCAGAUUACUUCAUGAGGAUUAUAAAGCAUUCACCAUCAAUUUAAUGCUUGCUCUGAGACAGAUUCUCUCUGUUGGUAUUGUUUUAUUGUGGCAUUCAUGCAAUAGGCCUAUAUGAGUUUUGGUGCUUGUUUUACAAAUUUGUGUCAACCUGUAUCUCUUUUUUUAUAUGUGAAAUUAAUUAUAUUUAUUACUUCAUUCAUUCAUUAUACACGGAUAACAUAUAUAUAUAUAUAUAUAAGUACUAGUUAUAUGCUAUCUGUGCUGUUAUACUUCUUUUGCAUCAAACAAAGUAAUAACAAGGCAGUUGGCACAUUUCUCAACUUUGUUGUCUGUGUUAGUCAUGCUACAUUAGUACUCAUCUUGCGCCUUUUAGACAACUCUAAUCAUUUACAGCCUGUUACAUAAAAUAACUUCUUUUAGUUUACACGUUACAAAAAAUAAAAACUCAAACAUUAAAAGACUAAAUUGUGAAGAGCUGCAUGUCUAUAGGUAUACCUCAAAUAAUAAUGCAUGGGCAACAGGCCAGGAGGUUUAGGUCAAGCUAUAGCUUUUUCAUAAAUGUUUCAUAACACUUUGUCAACUUUUAGCACAGAGCACAUCAUAUCAGCAUAUCAUGUGUCUAAAAUAAAGCUGCAUCAAUGUAUGACCCCAGGUCAGUUAGGUCAACCUGCCUUGCGUAUAGGUUAUGGUGGGAUGCCAGUCACAAAAACUGUGAUUGUGUCCUUAGGCAAGGCACUUCACCCACAUUGCUUAGUAUGAAAGUGGUGUGUGCGUGAGAGAUGGUGGUGGUCGGAGGGGUCAGUGGCGCAGAUUGGUGCUCUCUUCCGUCAG